UAUUUUGGAAGAAAAUGCCACACACUGAUUGUGUAGAGAUGAAUUCGAAGCAUCACAAUAUUUUUUUGAUUCCAUAGCAAAAGCCAUAACUAACUCAUAAUGACAACUGUAAGCACACCACACCACGGUCACUUAACCGCGCUAGUCAUUUCCAGCGUUUCCAUUGUUGCAUUCUUCUGCUGGUUCUCGGCCGGUUACGCUGUGGUGCAGAUCAACAUCCCCCAAGAACUCAUCCUGCGAUGGAUACGCCAAACAUACUGUAUCCGUUUGUAUGGAAUCCCAGAAAUUCCUUUUUCCGUCACAUCCAAUUUUAGUCAGUUUUAUGACGAUCCCAAAGUCGCGCUGUGGUGCAAAUACCUGCCCAGUGUGUCAUCUCAGUUUCGCACCAAUACAGUUUUAAGCAUUAUAUGGGGACUAAUUGGAAGCGCUCCGCUUUUGGGUGGAACUCCUGCUGGAUUUAUAGCCAACGCUCUUAUUCCUAAACUAGGUUUCCGAAAGAUCUUCUUUAUCGCCAACGUCUCGUGCACCAUCGGAGCGAUUCUGUCUGGAUUAAUUGCAACGAUAGUGUCGUAUGAAGUGUUUAUUGUAGGGAGACUAUUCAUUGGCAUUGGAUAUGGACUUUCUACCGCUCUAACGGUUUCUUACAUCGCUGAGAUUUCACCGGCCAAUCAUCGUGGCGUUUUGGGGGCGUUUCCGUUAGCAUUUUUCAGCGUAGGAACACUGUUGGCGACCAUCAUGGGCUUUCCACAGGUGUUGGGGACAGCGUCACGUUGGCCGUAUAUUUCAUGGCCGUUACUGGCACCCUGUGCAGCGUUUUUUCUGUUUUACCCUCUUCUGCCAGAAAGCCCGCGUUGGCAGUACCGCACAACACAUAACGUGGACAAAACAACAGCGAUUCUCCAGCGACUGCGGAACAACACAAAUGUGCGACCAGAUAUGGAGUUAAUCGAAGCAGAGGACCGACGAGCACAGGAGCAGGGCGCUAAAGUGUCCAUAAUCGGGUUGUUUCGCGAUCCAUUUCUGCGCUACAUUACUCUCAUCUGCAUCGCCGGCGUGAUGGCACAACGGUUCACCGGCUUCUCCCCAUUGUGUGUUUACUCAUAUGACAUAUUUCAGCAGUGUGGUUUAUCCACCGAAAUCGCCAUCUACGGGACAACUGCUCUGGUAAGUGUGCAGGCUGUGGCGGCCACUGUGGGAGCGCUUAUAAUCGACAAAGUGGGUCGACGUCCGCUCCUGUUAGUUGGCCUGAGCGGAUGCGCGCUGACCUUGACAGCCAUUGUUAUACUUACCACUCUUUUCACAUACGGUUUAUGUGACCGGUGUGCGUACGGUAGUCUGGUGGCGAUGUUUAUGUUUAUGGUGUGCUAUGCAUGCGGUCCGGCCAUUAUUCCCAUUCUGCUGAGCGCUGAAUUGUUUGGAAUGACCUCACGCGAAUCAGCCACAACGUUCAUCAUGGUCAUCAUACAGGGAAGUACGGCGUUGAUUGUGGGCGUGUUCCCCAUUAUGCGAGCGCAUCUGCUGGAAUGGACGUUCGCCAUUUUUGCGGGAGGGACCAUCGUGUUGACGCUGUUUUUAUCGAAAGUCACCAUUGAAACCAAAGGGAAAACAUUCUUGGAAAUCCAAGCCAAACUCGAGAAACGAUACUACGGGGAAUCAGUGGCGAAACCGCAGACUGUGCCAAGUAUCUCGUAGAGUAGGCGAUAAGCCUUCAUAAACAAUUAUUCAUCAAAAUUUAGACACUGGCAAACCACCGGAAAAGUACUGCGUUGUACUGUGUGCGAUUAAAGUUUUGUACGAGUACUUGUACAGUUGUACGUAUUUCUGUCAGCGGCA